AUGAGCAACGAGACCACUACUAGCGCAGCCGACGACGAUGAGUUUGUGUAUCUUGGCUUGUCCAAGUCUCAAUAUACGGCGAGCGUGGCAGUGGCGCUGACAUCUUGCUCCUUGUCGAUUCUGGGUUCUCUGUCGAUCAUCUACAUUGUGAUUGUCAACCGCAAGCUGGAUCAGCUUUACCACCGCAUUGUGAUGGGCUUGAGCAUUAUGGACUUCAUCAUGACCGCCGCCACGGCAUCCAUGCCAUUUGCCAAUCGAUCCGAUAUUGGACUCUUUUUUGCGGUAGGAAAUGCCCAGAGUUGUACUGCCGCCGGCUUUUUCUAUCAAGCAUGGUUGGGAUCCACAAUCUACAAUGCCACCCUGAGUAUUUACUUUUUGCUCACGGUCAAACACGGGCUGCAAGAACAACAAAUUUCAAAGGCCAUGGAACCGUACUGUCAUGUGUUGGUGAUCUCGGUGCCACUUGUCUUUGGAAUCGUAGCAGUAUCGGUCCAGGGAAUCAAUCCAUUGCCCUACGUUGGAAUCUGUGACAUUGGAAAUCCCUUUCCAGGCAAUUGUUUGGAAGAGGAGAACAUUGAGUGUGAACGAAGUGGACUGGCGACAAGAAUUUUGGGGUUGUUCCAGUUGGCCACCAUGGUGAUUGGCGCCUUGACGGGAAUUUGGGCCACUGUACGGGUCUACUUGACGGUACGCCAGCAACUACUCCGCGGCAAUGUCAGUCACAACAGCAAUGUCCACAAUCCAAUAUCCGAAACACAACUCAAGAGAAUACAGGCGGUCCGCAAUCAGGCCAUUUGCUACACAUCCGCCUUUGCCGUCAGCUUUUUCUCAGCGUUCUUUGGGCUCUAUGACGAUCCCAACAUUGCCUGGCCACUGAUUGUCAUUUAUAUUUUCUUUCCCCUGCAGGGAUUCUGGAAUGCCAUGAUAUACACACGCCCGAGACUACUGCGAUGGAAAGAUGCCAAUCCGGACCAAUCAUGGUUCUGGGCGUAUCGACAGGUGCUCUCUGGCAGACCGGCACCCACCACGCGCAAAACAGCACAUUUGCAAAAGUCAGUCCAAUCCAGUGGAAACAACUCCACCAGCGAUAGUACCCGAAAAUCCACCCGCGCGACUCUUCUCUCUUCGAUCCGGCAAUUGUCGUUUCUCAAUGUUUAUUCUCAACCAAACAACGAAAGCACAUGUACAAAUCCAGGACAUCAGGGGACCGUUUUGUCUGGCCAUGAGAUAAUACCCGAAGAUGAUAAAAACAAGGCAACUCCAGCCCAACGCAUUUCAGGGUCUCCGUCGUUUUAUGAUGAAGAAGCAAGCACCAACAACAACGAUCAUGAUGCAAUGAACACGAAUGCAAUGGAGCUGUCGGACAGCAGCAGCAACCAUGAGGAACGCAAAUCGUCAUAUCCACUAAGUGGUUUGGUGAAGACUGUCGGAGAACAGGUGGCAUUAAUACAGCAAGGUUUGAGGGAGGAACAAGUGCCUCUCAAGGAGCCAUUGUCUGAGAAAAGCACAACCAUUUCGCCAGACGAAACUAUGCUCCCGCCUAGUAGGAGAUGA